AUGGCAAGAGCGGGGACGAGGAGGAAUGAAAAAACGACGACGAUGCGUCAAACAUUCACAACCGAUUUGCCUGUUUCUGCCGUGUACGCAGCUGUGUCGUCCCUACCGUCUUCCCCUUCCGAUCUCGCUCCUUUUGAACACGAUGAACAGGAAGCCAUGUCUCUCAGUGAACAGGACCUCGCUGUCGCCUGCGAUUUUGUUGCUCCCGCGCCCUCUUCCUCGCCUUUCGCUUCUCCCUCGUCUUUCUCUCCUUCCUCCCCUCCGCCUCCGUAUCGCCUCCUGACUCACGAGGAGGCGAAGGCGAUGCAGGAGGCGUACAGCGAGAAGUUGUACGAGGACCGCCGCCGACGCUGGCUGCGGAUGUACGGUUUGCCGAAUCCCGAGCGCGAAGCGCGUCUGCUUCUCCGAGAAAAUGAAGAAAAGGAACGCGUCCUACAGGAGGAGGAAGAGGUGCCGGGACUCGUUGGCGAGAACCCUGGGUACAGCGCGCGAAUCGAAAAGAUGGUCCGAGACACCAAGCGAGAGGAACUCGUGUCGCGGAUCCGCGCGAAAAUCCGCGAAGAGAAACUCGCAAAUGCAAAGCUGAUGAAGGCUCCCGCCCCGAAUGUUGCAGGCCACAUCGUCGACGCGAUCAAAUACCACGUUGCGAGGCGCACGGUGCGGCUCGGCAGGUUGAUCCAAGCGCAGUUGGAAGAAUUUCUCACCUGGAACUCGCCCCACAUGCUCUACAGCGUCCUCGACGGGGCUUCGGUGUCGAUACACCACGUGGAGCAACGCACCACCAAAUCUGUCUGCUUCGUGUACUACACGCUGACAUCUUCGCAUGAUCCAGAAGACAUCCAGCGGCGCCUCGAGCAGGCCGCCCCGCAGUUUCGCAUGCAGAUUGCGCGUCGCCUGCAGCUCGGCUACACUCCCGAGAUUCGGUUCCUUCCUCAGCCUGACGGCGAGCUUUUCAACAAGCAUCGUCUCUUCAAGUUGGCCGCGCCGCGCAAGAAAUCUGGCAUGCCUACGCACCGCACACAAGGCAAGCUUCAUGACGCUGCUCUAGGGUCAGGCGCGGGAGACCGCGAGCACAACUUUCAAGUUCUCAAGGGAGGAUGGACGAAAUCCAUGCAUGGCUUUUAG